GCAAAGAGGAUCUGAGAACUGGAAGAAAUUAUCUACCAAAAAAAAAAAAAUCUAAUUCUUUUCUUUCUGUUAAAUCUAUAUAUACAUACCUAAUUUAGAGCUCCCUAAUUUAUCCAGUAGCAUAUUUUUAGUAUUUUGAUUUUAAUUUCUUGUUCUAAGUUUUUCUUAGGGAUCAAUCUUCUCUGUUAUAUUUAAAAGGAGUGAUAAGAUCUGUUUAUUUUUGUUCUUCUUCUUUUCUGUGAAUUAAUCUAGGUUUUUCUUCUCAGUCCGGUUUUUGAUCUAUAAUUUUUACAAGAUCAUUACCUUCUUCUAGUUAUAAUUUUUUUUUUUCUAUUUUUAGUUUCUUGAAUCAGAGAAUUCAUCAAUCAAUCAACAAUGGAGGCUGUGUUAUUACAAUCAUCAAACUCAGAUAACCAUCAUCAUCAUCAUCAUCAAUCAAUUGCUCUAAACAGAAACCGGUAUAUUCAGAAUCCUAAUAUUAUUUCAAGAUCUUCUGAGAAUUUUUCUCCUUAUCCAAACAUCCAUGGAGGAGGUGGUGGUGGUGGUGCAACUUUUCACUCUGUUCCUUCUUAUUAUUCUUCUGUACCAAUAAUCAAUCAGAAACAACCACCACUUCUUCCUCUUCCUAUUAUUACUAAGAAACCUUACGCUUCACUUCCUCUUAUUCCAAUCAGACCCAACAACAACUAUAAUAACAAACCAAAUCUUCUUCCAGUUUCUUCAUCACCUAUCAGGAAAAACAAUAACAGAUCAUCAUCAACAAGAGACCAGCCAGAUCAUAAUCUGUAUUCAUCAAAGAAGAAAUCGAAAUCUUCUUCUGUUAUUAGUCCAAAGAAACAAAUGCUACCAAUCACUGUAAAAGGAGGAGGUGAUGUUAAUUUUAUGAUUAGUUCUAUACGAUUAGGACCAGAACCUUGUGAUAUUCCAAAACAAGUUUCUAAGGUUAUGAAGCAGCAGCAGCCCAUGGCUGUGAAAGUUAUGGAUAUCGACGAGGAGUUUACUGGUUUGAUUUUUGCUCUUGCUCCUCCACCAAGUAGUUUGCCAUUGCCGAAAUUUUCAAUGAGGCCUAGGCUUAGCUGUAAUGCGGAAGCAGUUGGAUGUGGUGGGAUCGAUAACGGUGCUACUGAUAAUCUCUGCAGAAUGUUACGUCUCCGGUGAAAAGUUAGUUGUUCAAAUUACUUAUCCUCAGUCACACCAGGUUGUUGUGGUGGUGGUGGCACUGGGUGAACUCAGACUUUCCAUAGUUGGUCUUGGAGUUUUAAGGGUAUUCUGUAAAUAAAUAAGGUUUUCGUUUUCUUAUUUUUGGUUUAGGAAGUUGUGAUCGCCUUGCUUUUUUUACUAGAGGUGCACAAAAAAGAGAAAGAACAAAAAAAUCUCUUGUUUUAGUGAUGAAGAAGACAUAAGCUGGUCUUUCUUUUUAUUUCAGUUUUAUGAAUUAUUAUGUAUCUCCAUUUAUUAUGCUAGGAUUAUCUGUAAUGCCAUUUCCUCCACCAUAGGGGAAUAUGAGCUUUUGUUUCUUUAUGUUGUGCAAGAAGUAUUAGUAAUGCAAAUAAACUUUGGCAAAUUAGUUUUGAAUC